UUUCCAAUAAUAUCUUUGAUAAAUUUUUGAAAAUGAAAUUCUUAUUCAAAUUAAAUCUUUUUAUCAUUGUAAUUUUGGAAAAAUUCUUUUUGUAUUACUUUGCUAUUCCAAAUGAUCUGCUGUCAAUAAAAACUGAACGUUCAAUACAUUUGGAAAUAGCCAUUUUAUCUGCGCGCGAAAAUUUCAAAAAACGUAAUGCUAUUCGACAAACUUGGUUUCAGAAUGUAAAAUUUUUAAAUCAACAAUUUCAAUCAAAUCAAAUUCCAAUUCGAAUUGAUACACAUUUCAUUCUUGGUUCACAAUCAUGUCAAAUUCAUCCAUUAAAUCGUAAAACAUUGUAUGAAUGUUCCGAAUUGAUCGAAUGUGAUUCAUUAUCAAAUAAAUCUUGGUUAUUUGAAUUAUCAACUCUAAAAUCUCAAAAUAAUUAUCGACCAUUCAAAGGUUUUAGUAUCAAAAUAUAUCGCCGAAUAUUGAUAUAUAGAAUUGUAAUUCGAUCAUCAUUGAUUAAAAUUUUGAAAACUGUCAAUGUACAGAUAUUGAAUGCAUUGAACAAGAAAAAAUUGUUUGAAUUUGUAAUCAAACAAAAUGAAAAUCUCGAAGAUCAAAAUUUUUAUUACGUAAACGUUAACAUUUCUUUCGAAGUAGGAUCCAUAUUAUUAUUUAUGAUCGAUCAUAAUGUUCCUGAAGCAAUAUUCGAUUCAUUAUCCACCAACAACGAAUGUGCAAUGGAAAUUUUAAGGUCAUAUGAUAAUCAUAUUAAUGAUUAUGAAUCCGAACCAUUCAAUCCAAAUCAACAUCGAUUUUUAUUAAAUUUUGAAUGGCAACUUGAUUCGAACAUUGAAUCCAACAACAAUAGCUAUCAUCAUCUAUGGCAACAAAAAAUGAACCAACUUAACGUUCAAUUAUUGAAUGAAUUCAAUACAUUUGGUGAUAUUAUAUUUGUCGAUUUAAUCGAUGUAUAUCGAAAUUUAGCAGAAAAAUUAUUGAAAUUUUUUCAUCAUCUAUUUCAAUUUCAAAAAUCAAACAUUACACAUGUUCUCAAAACUGAUGAUGAUUGUUAUUUGAAUGUGGUUCAAAUUGUUCGAAUGAUUAUGGAAAAUUCUGAUUCCACAUUUACAUGGUUUGGAAGUUUUCGAAAACAAUGGCCAAUUAAUUAUUAUGGUAAAUGGAUGGAAAAUGUUUGGACCUUACCUUGGUAUCCAUCGUUUGCAUGUGGUUCUGGUUAUAUCCUCACUAAUGAUUUAAUAAAAUGGUUAGCUAUAAAUCAUGAUAAACUUUAUGCCUAUCAAGGUGAAGAUGUAUCAAUGGGUAUAUGGAUGACAGCAAUUAAUCCGAAUAAAAUAGAAGAUAACAGAUGGAUAUGUGGAACGGAAAUUGAAACUAAUGUCGAUUUGAAACAAGCAUUAACCGUACCGCAAUUAGAUCCUGAAAUGAUGUUUCAGAUUCAUCAAAUGUUUCUCAAUAGUUGAUACUUUUCUUAAUGGCUUCAAAACAUUUC